CCUUUAACUAAGGAUUUUCCUCGAUUUUCAGCCAAAAAAUGCCUUCGCUGAAUCAAACUAUUGUCGAUGAAUCCGAAUUCCGGAGUUGUGGAGAAAUUAUGGUGGCAACAAAUGGAAAAUUUGCAAUGAAAUGCCAGUACUGCAAUUGCAAGGUCUUCACCAGACUCCAGUCUUUUAUGAGGCAUAUAUAUCAAUCCCAUAAUGAUAGAAUUAACUUCCAAGCGAAUGCUGAUUUUAUGGUAUAUGCAGUAGAAGAGUUAGUCAAUCGCACAAUGCGUGAAGCGGACGAAAGUGAAGAAUCUGGAGUGGCAGAAGACGAUUUUAAGUGGUCAGAUGAUGAUGCCGAUGAUGAGGAAGAAAUUGUGGAAAGAAAAUCUUCGGCCCUUAAAGCUUUGCUUCAAAAGAACAAUAGAGGUGGAAAAAGGGAAGGAGAUAAAACUAAGAAAAGUGGACCUUCCUUGGCCAACACUUCAAUUUUAAAUGCAUUGAAAGAAUGUGAUGUCACAUUAAAUUUUGAAGACAAUCUCGAUGAGACAUUGAAUACAAAUAACGGGGAAAGUGCAAAGGGUGCAGCAUUGGCAAACAUGUCAAUAUUAAAUGCCCUGGAGGAUUGCGAUGUAUCUUUGAAUUUCGUUGACAAUUUGGAUGAGACAAUCGUUGAAAAGGACAAAGAGUUGGAGGAGGUAAAUAAAAACCAUACAAGUGGAAAUUCUUCCGAUAUGACCUCGAACUCUAAUACGGAUAAUGAAGAUGACUGCGAUAUGAUGGAUAGUACAUUGUUGAAAUGUAUACAAAUGGAUUUGGAAUUGGAAGCAGACAGUCUCGGUGGAUCGAAAUCGAAGAAAAAUAAUAAAAAAUCUAAAAUGGAAACAGUUUCAGAAAAGGAAGAAGACGACAAUGAAAAAAUGUCCUUUGGAGAAGAUGAACUAAAUACAACGCUUACAGAAGAUAAUACCAACGAUGAGACGACAAAGAAAAAAGAUGGCCUCAAGAACCUUUUGAGUGGUUUAGAAGGCCUGGAAGAUGUUGAUGAUCUAUUGGACAAUAUUGAGGAUAGUAUAUGCCAUAGACCAGAUAGUGAAACAGAUCAUGCUGUAACAGAAUCGAGAGAAGAGGAUGAUGGAAACGUGGAAAAAGAUGUGGAUGUGAAAUCUCAAAAACCAAGAAAGUCCAUAUUGGAGUUAAAAUUAAUGGCCGAUUUGGAUAUGGAUGAAGAAGAUUUAGAAGAUUGUUUAAACAGCAGCUGUUUGCCUAAGGAGAAAGAAGAAGAUGGAACCAAUGAGGAUAUGGCAAAAGAGGAAGCGACUCCCAAAACCGAAAAUAAAUCCAAUGACCAAGAAUUGGCAUCUGCUAAUAAUGAGCAGAAACUAACAAAGAAAGUAAAAACCACUCCCACAUCUACAAAGAACAAGAGAACCCCAUCCACUAGGGAGGGUAAUCUCAAUAAGGUGGUACAUAUCACGCCAAAAUCUGAAAAGUUGUCAACAACAAUUCGACACUCACCACAGCGUAAAAAGUCUCCAGAAACUAUUAGAGAUGCGCAAGUAACACCAAAAUCGAAAAAGGUUAAUCUUAAAUCACGAAAAAUUUCCGUAAGUGACAGGCAAUCCCCGUCAAAAUUAGACAACUUGGAGACCAAGGAUUUAUUGGAAACCAAAAAAUUUGAAGAAGGUCUAAGUGAAGAGAAUUCCUCAACAUUGGUUUAUACUGAGCGUGACUUACAAACCGUAGGAGAAGGAGGAGAAGAUAAAGAUUCUGGCGAAGAAGGGCCAACCAUAGUAAAUGAUCUGAAAUCUUUGCUUUGCAAAAAUUUGGAUAAUGAAGAAGACUUGGAUAUGCUCAUAAAUCAACUGGAGACUUCAGGGACAUCAAAAGACUUAGAAACGAGCCCCGACGAGGUGGAGAAAAGCGGGGAAAAUGAAGGAGAAAACCCCGUUGAAAAAGCAUCUGAUAAUGUUUAUUCCGAAGAUAUAGAAAAAGAAACUCAUGUUGAAGACGAUAAUGAUAAGGAAGAGGAAAUGCAUGACUAUACCAUGUCUGACUUAGAAGAAAUGGAAGAGAAUCAAGAGGCAGAGCAAGAUGGGAAACAUAUUGACAAGGAUCCACAGGAUAAUUCAAAACGAGAUUCAGAAUCAAAAAUUGAAAACAAUGUAGAUAAUGGCAAGGAAAGUCUUGAUAAAGAAGUGGUAGAGGAAAGUAAAGAUGAAGAACAGAAUGAUUCAAUGUCUGAUAUGGAGAAUGAUGAAGAAAAGGACGACUUAGAAGAUGAUAUGGCAAUUUAUAAUAAAUUUCUGGGACUUACAAAGGAGAAUAUUGAAACGGAAGAAACAAAGAAUGACACCUCCUCGGAAACAAAUGGUGUAGAUAUGGAGAAGCUUGAAAUGGAAAAUAAAAUGGAGAAGGAAGAGGAUAAGAAAAUGGAAGAAGACACAGAGGAAAAGUCUGAUGACAACAAGGAAAAACCAGAAAAGACGAACGAAGAAAUGGAGUUGGAGGAUGGAAUUGAAAAGAACGACGAAAAGAAUGAAAGUCAGGAAAAUGUAGGGUCCAACAAUGACCCAGAAGAUAAAAAAGAACAUUCAGAGUCUGCCGGCCAAUCUAUGGAAAAUGAUGACUUACGUUUGCAUGUAGAUGAAACGUUACGAAGCAAUAAAUCGGAAACUAAUGGCAUGGAGGAUCAGGAACAAAAUCAAGAAAAUGAUAAGGAGGUUGAAAAUUGCAAAAAAGUCGAAAACAAUGAGCUGAACCCAAUGUUAGCUGGUGAUAAAGAAGAUGGCAAAAUACAGGAAAGUGAGGAAAAAGAUAAAGAUAUUGAAAAUGAUGCAGAUUUGGACGAUUUUGAAAAUCUUUUAAAUGAAGAUUUAUCCAAGGCCUUAGAAAAAGCUUUGGGAGAUGAAAAUGAUAUUUUAAAAAUGGACGAUGAAGAAACAGAAACCCCUUCUAAAACAGAUGAAAUGCUAAAGGAUGACAAACAAAUAAACAAUAGGGAAAAUGAACCUCCAAAAGAAAUGCCCAAAGAAACAGUAACACCCACAAAAUACUUGGCAAGUCCAAAGAUAACAAAACAAAUUACACCUCAGACGAACAAAUCCAAUUCUACAACAAAAAACAAGAAAAUAGUUAUAGAAAAGAAGGAAAAUCAGGAAAACUAUCAGGGAAAAUUCAGUAAAACAAAUCUAAAAGCCCGUCACAAACAAGGCAAACCAGUCAUUAACCAAGAAAAUAUUAAAACUACAAUUAAUCAAGUCUUAAUAAAAGAAUCUACUAAUAUCGAAACUUUAGCUUCAGCAUUAACUAAAAGUCCCCUCAAAUCCUUACAAAAUCUUCCAUCUAAAGUUCACUUCUCCCCCACUGUAAACAGAAUGGAACAGCGAACGCCUUUAGUCAGUAUUGCACAGAUUAAAAAGGAAAAAAUUACACCAGCUCGUUGCUUUAUCAACAUGAAUAGAGGUGAAAGAACUCCAAUGAAGGCUGAAGAUAUAUUCCUAAAACAAAGUCCUAAAUCUAAAGAGAAAACCAAUGAAAAGUUGAACAAAUCCGUUACACCCAAGACUCCUGAUUUUAAAACCUCCAGGAAAUCACCAUCACAGUGCAAAGUAAAUUUGGUUGAGAAAGAUCUUAUCAAAACUCCAACAGCUACAAAUCGGGUUACGAGAGCAAUGUCCAAAUCUCCAACUAACACAAAAACCCAUUCCACAUUUACUACCCCACAAAAAACACGAAAUUUGUCGGUGAAAAUCUUACGUUGUACCUCGGCACAAAAGAAAGAUGGAAAUGAAAACCAUUUUAAGACACCUUCCGGCCAGAAAAUACUCCAGAAAAGCCCCUCAAUCAGCCCGAAAAACAUAAAACCCUCUCCAAUUGAGGAAAAAAGUUUAUUGGAAAAUCAAAUAAAUACAGAACAAAUAUCCAAUACAUUUAAGCUACCCAAGGGUAUAACUAUUACAAAACUUGCAGGUCAUAAUAGCAACGCAACUCCCACUGGUAUAGAAAUAACACCCAGUCGUUCAAAUUAUUGCAAACAAAAUUUUACCGAACAGAGUCUACAACAAUUGGAAAAUCCUAUAACACAAUAUAAGGAUUCGGCCACAGAAUCUCUAAUUAGAAGUAUACCUUCGUCUAUAACAAUAACAAAAUCCGACAUUGAGCCUUCAACUUCGUUGGCUUCAAGGUUAAGAGCACGUCAGGCCUCUAUUGAUAUUGUUAGCGGUAGCCAUCGUACCUCUCCCUCGAAUUCCAAACAUAGUCUUGAUUAUAAGAGUUAUGCUGUCCAGCGAUCAGCUCGCAAAAAAGAGGUCUUGCAAAGAAUGCGUAACAUUAAGAAGCAAAUUUUCAAAUCAAUUGGUAACGAAAUUGUGGGACAACAUUUGAGAGCAAAAUCGCCACUGGUUAAAAAGGCCAAACGUUCCAAGAUACAAAUAGAAAAUGUGGAAAUAUUACCCAACAUCAAAGAUGAGGUUCUAACACCACUGUUAAAUCAACAAAAUAUAUCACCGCAAAUAUUGAAAGAAAUUGACACACAGCCAUCUCCAAAAACAUCUAUGGUUGAUAAUGCGAAAUCCACAUUAACACCAUCGGCAACGGACAAGACACCAAAAGCAUCCCCCAGCGAAAAGGAGACAAAAACAAGAAGCUCAUUGUCGCCCAAAAAUGAAAAAGCUGACGCCACAAAAACUAAUUGUCCAGUAUCGCCCUCCUCUCCAACCAAUACAAAAGAUGCGGCGACCAACAUUACCAAUCGUGGCGCAAAAACACCCUCUUUAAGAAAGGCUCCCAAAACACCAAAGGCACCCAAGACUCCAUCCACCAGGAAACGACGUGCAGCAUCGCCACUUUCGGAUGCUGAUAUGCAAAUAAAACGAGCUCAAAAAUCACCCCAUUUGGAAGAGAAAAUGGCUAUGGAAUCAACACAAUUGGGCCUAUCCGAUAGUGUAGUUGAUUUUCUACAGCGUGAUUUGAAAGCAAAUCGCAUUAAUGUGGAAAGCAUAUUAGAAGAGAUGCCAAUUGAUGAUGUUACUCCAGAUGAAACCCCUGAGAGUACAAUGGCAUCGACUACUGAUGCCAAGGUAUUAGAAGCCAAGGUGGAAGAAAAGGAAUGUCUUGAGAAGGAAAAGGGAGUCUUGAAUCAAGAGACCAAAAAUAAACAAAGUCAGGAAGCUAAAAAGGCAGACACGUCGGAAAAUGUUAAGGAAAAUGAUUCCGAGAAAAGCGAUGGAUCUGAAAUACUUGAUGAUCUAAUGGAGCAAGUGGAGGAAGAAAUAAAACCCGUUCAAAGUACGCAGGAAACUAAACCUAUAACAAAGGCAUCAAAAGAGCAUGUUGAAGAUUACAAUGAGGAAAAGGAUAUAGCACUCCUGGACAAAGUUGGGUUGAGAAUAAUCAAAACUCCCGACAUCGAAAAUUUCUAUGUUAUUGAAGAAAUUGAAUCAAUGCAAAAAAUUGCACAACAAUUUGCCACCGCCUGCAAGCCAUUUUCGAAUGUAUUCAGCAUCAAACAAGCCGAAACGGAUAACACAUUCGAACUGCUCUUGAGAAAUGUCAAUGAUUCGUUGAAAUUAGACUUACAACUAAGCGACAUGAAACGUUUGAUUAAUCUCAUUGUAAUGUGGUAUGCCAAUUGGUAUAACAACAAAUUGAUUGAAAAGAAAACAAUACCCGAAGCAAUUAAUAAGUAUCUAUUAAUGUUCUUCUAUGUUCCAAAAACAGUUAAACGUUUCUAUUAUUGUGAAUUUUGUACGGAUCAUUUUACUACCGAACAUCGUUACUACACACAUCGCAUUAAACAUACGGGUGCCACAUUUCCCUACCAAUGUGGUAAGUGUGUCAUGGGUUUCACGCGAGCAAAUUCUUUGAAGUUGCAUGAAGCAAGUUGUAAAAAAACACCGGGCGGCGAGGUACCAACAAAAUUUCAAAAUUCCAAAGCCUAUGGCAACAAGGAUAAUACAAAGACAAUUGUUCACAGAGCCGUUAAAACUGCAUAUGUAUGUGCAAAGUGCGGUGGAUCCUUUGGCAAUGAAAGCGAAAUGAAUGCCCAUUUGGCGGCAUGUUUUCGUACAUUAAAACGACAACCUAAAUUGUGUACACCUAGGCCGAAGCAAAAAGUUGAGCCGUAUGCAAAGAAGUAGAUUAGAUAAAUAUUGUACUAUUUGUUAUUUAUUUUCAUGGCCUGAAAAAACUCAGCAAUCUCUUUGGAAUUUUAGUAAAAUUAAGAUUUAAAUGUUUUAUUGUUAGUUUUCUUUUUUUAAUUUUAUAAAAUGUAAGAAAUUGCCAUAACUAGUAAUAAGUAACGUCAUGUUUAAAUAUGUUUUACAUUCAUUUUUUUUGUAACCUCAUCGCAUAUGUUUUAAACAACAGUAAUGUCUACUGCAGUAAUAAUGCAGUAAUGUCUACUACCGUCAUGUCUACUUUUUUCAAUUAAUUACACUUACAGUGUAACAAGUUUUUUUUUGCAUUUUUUUAUUUUUAUUUUAUUUUUAUAACACUAAUAAAUGUGUGUAUGUGCUACAUUUGUAAUGUACUUUUAA